AAACAUGAUUGAAUGCGUUUAGUGGCUUCAAAGUAAUUACAAAAAAGAAGAAAAACAAGACUUUUUGGUUGCUUAAGUAAGCUUUGCUAUAAAAUAUAGCAAUCAACAACCUUGUAUUUGGUCUUACCUCCUACUUUGAAUAAAACCACAAAAACAAAAAGUCUCUAUAGCAUAAGCAUAUACAUAUACAUGCCAAGUCCUCUCUACUUUUAGCUGCAAUAAAGGGAUGUUGUGGGAGGGAAGUGAUUUUACCAUAUAAGUGUCUUUGCUUGUUAGGUUGAAGUUGAAGGAGAUGUUGCAUCUUGUUUAACUUAUCAUCAUAGCAUAAUUUAUUUUAGUGGCAGUUAUUGUGUUUGUGAAAACGGGUUGCUAAUGAAACUUUUAAUGAUGGCAUGUUUAACUGCAGAAAUGGUUUCCAGAAUAUCUCAGAUUUUGAGUAGACAGCUCGUGUCCAUCAGAAAUUAGAUUAAAAUGUGGAGAACGAUCACAGAGCUUAAAAUUAGAAGUUACUAACAUUAGUUAUUUCAAUUCCAAGUUUCAACAAAAAGAGAAACCAGAAAAACUGAGUUUGUAGCAGAAACACACUGGUGUUGUUUGAGCAUAUUCAAAGAAUUGGUUGCUUGCCUCAAAAGAAAGAACAAGAACCAGCUGCUUUUCAAUGUAAAUGUCUCAGAAACAUAAAAUGUCCUUUGGCUCUGGCAGCUUCAGCAUUGAGCCUGUGCAAAAUCUGGGGUCAUAUUGCUUCUUGCAAAAUGAGAACACAGACAACUACUCAUCCUCUGAUAACAGUAGCCAUGCAACCUACCCUUCUUUUCAUAAUUUAGAACAAUAUUGCACCCUUGAAUCCUCUGCAAACAACAGUUUCCCUUACUUAAAUUCUCCAUCUACUGUCAGUUUCUCACCUAACAAUAGCCCAGUCUCAAAGCUACAGUCAAAAUCAUACGUGUUGAGUUCGCAGCAUUCUCUUGAAAUUAUUAAUGAUUCACUAGAAAAUGAAUCUUGUUUGACACAUAACCAGGAUGAUCUGAGGCACAAGAUAAGAGAGCUUGAAAGUGCUAUGUUGGGACAUGAUUCAGACAUUCUGGAUACAUAUGAUACUGUUAUUCCAGAAGAAUCUGAUUCAUUUUUGUUAGAGGCAGAGAGGUGGAAGAAAAUGAUGGAAGUGAUAUCAAGAGGGGAUUUGAAAGAGAUGCUUUUUACAUGUGCGAAAGCAGUGGCUGGAAAUGAUAUGGAGACAGCUGAAUGGUUGAUGUCCGAGUUGCGUAAAAUGGUCUCCAUUUCAGGCAACCCAACUGAACGAUUAGGAGCCUACAUGUUGGAAGCUCUUGUUGCAAGGCUGUCCUCUUCAGGAAGCACAAUCUACAAAGCCUCAAAAUGUAAAGAGCCAACUGGAAAAGAACUCCUUUCAUACAUGCAUUUGCUUUAUGAAGUUUGUCCAUAUCUCAAAUUUGGGUACAUGUCAGCAAAUGGAGCAAUUGCUGAAGCUGUGAAGGAGGAAAGUGAAGUCCACAUAAUUGAUUUUCAGAUUAACCAGGGAAUCCAGUGGGUAAGCCUGAUCCAAGCCCUUGCUAGCCGAGCUGGAGGACCGCCAAAGAUCAGAAUAACAGGUGUUGAUGACUCCAAUUCAGCUUAUUACAGGGGAGGGGGCCUUGAAAUUGUUGGAAAAAGGUUAUCAAGGCUUGCACAUUCAUGUAAUGUACCCUUUGAGUUCCAUGCUAUAGGAGUUGCUCCUUCUGAGGUGAGACUUGAAGACCUUGAACUUCGACCUAGUGAAGCUAUUGCUGUGAAUUUUGCCAUGAUGCUGCACCAUGUACCAGAUGAAAGUGUGGACUGUCAGAAUCAUCGUGACCGGUUGGUGAGAUUGGCAAAGUGCUUGUCUCCUAAGGUGGUGACACUGGUUGAGCAAGAAUCAAAUACCAACCACCUUCCGUUCUUGCCCCGUUUUGUUGAGACAAUGAAUUACUACUUGGCCGUUUUUGAGUCUAUUGAUGUUGCUUUGCCAAGGGAGCACAAAGAAAGGAUUAAUGUGGAACAGCAUUGUUUGGCUACAGAAGUUGUUAACUUAGUAGCAUGUGAAGGGGCAGAAAGAGUGGAACGUCAUGAGCUUCUGCUGAAGUGGAGAUCACGUUUCACAAUGGCCGGAUUCACACCAUAUCCAUUGAGCUCCUUUAUUAAUGGUUCAAUAAAAAAUCUUCAGCAAAGCUACCAAGGACAAUACACUCUAGAAGAGAGAGAUGGUGCUCUAUGUCUUGGUUGGAUGAACCAAGCUCUUGUUUCCUCUUGUGCUUGGAGGUGAUAAUCCAAUGACAACUAGUUCAUUUUUGUGACUGCAGGCUUUUAGUUUAUGUAUCAUCCUUAUCUUCUUUCCCAGUUACUCAUUUCAUAGUCAAAUUACUCUAUAAAUUGUUAAAAAAAUACACUUGAUUUUAUGUCAAUAAUGCCAGUACAAUCAAGCAGGACUAUAUAUUC